AUGUCUCUCCUGCGUCCAACCUUGGUUGCAUUGCGCGCCUCGUCCACCUCAACAUCCAUACCAUCUUCCCGUCUAUCUGUCUACUUCAGGCAUAUGGCCACAGUGACUUCACAGUAUCAGAACAUCCUCACCUCGCGCCCUGCGGACGGGGUGGCGUUGAUCACACUCAACCGCCCAAAGGCGCUCAAUGCACUGUCUUCCCCACUUUACGAGGAGCUCAACCACGCGCUGGCCUCCUUCGAUGCCGAUGAGGGGAUAAGGGCCAUGGUUAUUACAGGCAGUGAGAAGGCGUUUGCUGCGGGGGCGGAUAUUAAAGAGAUGAAGGAUAAGGACUUUUCAGACGCGUUCAAGAACAGAUUUCUUGAAAACUGGGCCCUGUUAUCACAGAUUCGCAAGCCCAUCAUUGCCGCAGUUAGUGGCUACGCGCUUGGUGGAGGAUGUGAGCUAGCCAUGAUGUGUGACAUCAUUCUGGCUUCGCCAACGGCGGUCUUCGGUCAGCCUGAAAUCAAUCUUGGGGUAAUCCCUGGCGGAGGUGGUACUCAGCGAAUCGCUCGCGUAGCCGGCAAAUCGAUUGCGAUGGAACUCACCCUCACCGGUCGUAAUUUCACUGCCGCCGAAGCGGUGUCGUGGGGGCUUGUAUCGCGUAUCUCCGAUAAGGUAUUGGACGAUGCUCUUGCUAUGGCUACAACGAUAGCGUCGAAGAGCGCCAUUGCUGUCCAGGCAGGCAAGGAGGCUGUCAACGUGGCGUAUGAGACAUCGCUGACUGAAGGUCUGAGAUAUGAGAGGCGAAUCUUCCAUGGUCUAUUUGCUACUCGAGACCAGAAAGAAGGCAUGGCCGCAUUCGCGGAGAAGAGAAAGGCGACUUGGUCGCACUCUUAG